AUGUCACAGGACAUCUCGACGGUGAUGCGCCCGCGGGUGCUCUCCAACAGCGCGGCCGAGUUCGUCGAAACGCGGGCCCAGCGAGCCCUAGGCGCCGAGCUUGCUCGCGACCAGGGGCCGGGGCCUCAGUACGUGUCUGAGCUGGACAAAUUUGUACGCAGGGAAGACAUUGUACAGGCAGACUAUUACGCCGAGUCGCAGAAGAAAGUAGCGGCCCUCAAAACUCGGCUCGUCGACUUCAGCAAGAAGAUGCAUGGGUUGGACAAUGGGUACAAGAUUGCUCACAAGGCCCCGGAGCAGUACGGCAUGAAUGACGUGCUCGAUAUCGUGAGGCGCAUCGAGAACAAGCACCGUACCCUAGACAAGGUCAUGAGUUGCUCGGGCAUCAUCCGUCGGUGCUUUCGGGCCGCGGGCGAAAACAGCGGCGCCAUCGAGGGGCUGCUGUCUUUUGCGCCCAACGAUAUCUACGGGUCCGUUAUCUCGGGCGGCUUCACUCUGAUCCUGGGAGCCUUGGAGCGUGCCGACAAGAUACGGAGCGACAUUUAUGGCGCGGUGGCCGAUGUGCCCUACAAGAUCAUGGAGGUGAAGGAUUUGCUCGGCGUCCAUAUCAGGUCGGCCGAGCUGCAGCGGCGAGCAGACACGGUCUUUGUAGCUGUUUUCGAUGUGCUCUUCGCCAUCGUGGAGGAGCUCUCUAAAAACCUGGCAAAAAAGGGAGUGUCUCUAAUUAUAAAGGGCAGCCGGUAUGGCACCGAGAUUGACGACGCGAUCAGUGCUCUUGAAGGUAGCCUCAAUAGCUUCAGGAUUCAGGCCAAGAUCUGCGACUCCCAAAGGCUCGGGAAGAUGGACACGCGUGUCGCGAGAGCAGCCCUGGCGGCAGAAAGCACCGAGGACAUAGCGUUGGAGAACCAGGUCAAAUUGCAAGGCAUCGAGAACGACGUCAAGUCCAUCUGGGAGAAACUGAACAUGAUCGAAAAGGUCGGGUUACUCACGCUCGAGGAAUCGAAGACCAGGCAGGUAGCCAGGGACAGUGUAUACCAGGUGAACGUGUACAACCAGCUCUACAUGCUCUGCACAGGCAGCCCCAUUUUCGAUGACCGGGUCGGGAAUUUAAACGUUGCGCAGUACCGCAGACGGGUGGAAGACCUGGAACAGUCCGACCAGAGGCGGGCGCAGAGGAACAAGGAGACGGUCAAGAAGUGGCUUGUGCGACUCGACAACGCGCACUUGCCCACGACCGCAGACCAGGAAAGCAUCAUCGACCAGUUCAAGGCGUCAGUGCAGGCCGAGCAGGACAAGGUCCAGUACCUGCUCAUGUCGGAGCAGCUGGGCACGUGGAUCAAGACGCACGAGUCCAUGGUCCUGAUCUUGCAGAACAAGUCGGGCCCAAGCCUGUACGACGCCGUAUCCUUCGUGUCGGCGUUUAUGUACCGCAGUCUGUGCGCGCUCUACCUGUCCAGCUGCCCGGUGCUGGGCUUCUUCAGCGGCUGCCGGGCCGUCGACGACUCGACCAGCAGCGGCACGGCCGGGCCGGACGGCAUGCUAGCAACCCUGCUGGCGCAGUUGCUGGACAGGGUGGAGGGGCGGGAUGACGUCGACAUCUCGUCGCUCGGCGACCCGCCCAGGGUCCUGGCCGGCAACAGCACAGACCGAGUGGCGUUCCUCGCGGACCGGCUCCGGCAGCUGAUGGGCGUCCUCCCAAAGGGCGAUUCGGUCAUCAUCGUGCUGGAUUCGGUGUGGCAUAUGGCCGGGGAUGAGGAGGACCAGGACGCGGCGCUCGCGCACGUUCUGGACCUCGUGCCGUGGGCCGAGGAGACGAGCGGGGUCGUGGUCAAGAUAUUGGCGACCAAUUUUCUCAGCCACAGGCCUUGGGAAAGCCACGAGGGCGACGACGGGCGGUUUGCCUAUCUGGAACUGCCCGAGCACGUGGAUAGCGGUGGGAUUGUCAUUAACCCUGAGAACCUUGACGCUUGCCGCGAUUUCGCGCGUGAGCUGGAGCUAGCGUAA